AUGGUUCGCCUCCCUGACUGGCUGCUCCGUAGCGGCACAGAUAUACCCUCGCCCCUCCUUCCAGCCCUCGCCCUUCCUUCCAACCCUCGCCCCUCCUUCCAGCCCUCGCCCCUUCCUUCCAACCCUCGCCCCUCCUUCCAGCCCUCGCCCAUCCUUCCAGCCCUCGCCCAUCCUUCCAGCCCUCGCCCCUCCUUCCAGCCCUCGCCCCAUCCUUCCAGCCCUCGCCCAUCCUUCCAGCCCUCAUCCCUCCUUCCAGCCCUCGCCCCAUCCUUCCAGCCCUCGCCCCUCCUUCCAGCCCUCGCCCUCCUUCCAGCCCUCGCCCUUCCUUCCAACCCUCGCCCCUCCUUCCAGCCCUCGCCCAUCCUUCCAGCCCUCGCCCUUCCUUCCAGCCCUCGCCCCUCCUUCCAGCCCUCGCCCCAUCCUUCCAGCCCUCGCCCAUCCUUCCAGCCCUCAUCCCUCCUUCCAGCCCUCGCCCCAUCCUUCCAGCCCUCGCCCCUCCUUCCAGCCCCUCGCCCCUCCUUCCAGCCCUCGCCCCUCCUUCCAGCCCUCGCCCCAUCCUUCCAGCCCUCGCCCCAUCCUUCCAGCCCUCGCCCCAUCCUUCCAGCCCUCGCCCCUCCUUCCAGCCCUCGACCCUCCUUCCAGCCCUCGCCCCUCCUUCCAGCCCUCGCCCCAUCCUUCCAGCCCUCGCCCCUCCUUCCAGCCCUCACCCUUCCUUCCAGCCCUCGCCCAUCCUUCCAGCCCUCGCCCCUCCUUCCAGCCCUCGCCCCAUCCUUCCAGCCCUCGCCCCUCCUUCCAGCCCUCGCCCCUCCUUCCAGCCCUCGCCCUUCCUUCCAACCCUCGCCCCUCCUUCGAACCCUCGCCCCAUCCUUCCAGCCCUCGCCCCUCCUUCCAACCCUCGCCCCUCCUUCCAACCCUCACUCCAUCCUUCCAGCCCACGCCCCUCUUUCCAGCCUCGCCCUCCUUCCAGCCCUCGCCCUUCCUUCCAAACCUCGCCCCUCCUUCCAGCCCUCGCCUCGCCCUUCCUUCCAACCCUCGCCCCUCCUUCCAGCCCUCGCCCAUCCUUCCAGCCCUCGCCCAUCCUUCCAGCCCUCGCCCAUCCUUCCAGCCCUCGCCCCUCCUUCCAGCCCUCGCCCCAUCCUUCCAGCCCUCGCCCAUCCUUCCAGCCCUCAUCCCUCCUUCCAGCCCUCGCCCCAUCCUUCCAGCCCCUCGCCCCUCCUUCCAGCCCUCGCCCCUCCUUCCAGCCCUCGCCCCUCCUUCCAGCCCCUCGCCCCAUCCUUCCAGCCCUCGCCCCAUCCUUCCAGCCCUCGCCCCUCCUUCCAGCCCUCGCCCUUCCUUCCAACCCUCGCCCCUCCUUCCAGCCCCUCGCCCCAUCCUUCCAGCCCUCGCCCCUCCUUCCAGCCUCGCCCCUCCUUCCAGCCCUCGCCCCUCCUUCCAGCCCUCGCCCUUCCUUCCAACCCUCGCCCUCCUUCCAGCCCUCGCCCCUCCUUCCAGCCCCUCGCCCCAUCCUUCCAGCCCUCGCCCCAUCCUUCCAGCCCUCGCCCCUCCUUCCAGCCCUCGCCCUUCCUUCCAACCCUCGCCCCUCCUUCCAGCCCUCGACCCUCCUUCCAGCCCUCGCCCCUCCUUCCAGCCCUCGCCCCAUCCUUCCAGCCCUCGCCCCUCCUUCCAGCCCUCGCCCUUCCUUCCAGCCCUCGCCCCUCCUUCCAGCCCUCGCCCUCCUUCCAGCCCUCGCCUCUCCUUCCAGCCCUCGCCCCAUCCUUCCAGCCCUCGCCCCUCCUUCCAGCCCUCGCCCCUCCUUCCAGCCCUCGCCCCUCCUUCCAGCCCUCGCCCCAUCCUUCCAGCCCUCGCCCAUCCUUUUAA